AGUCUGGGCUGGUGUCUGAGCACUUCUCGCAGGCCCCACAGAAGCUGUCCUUCUACAGCUGGUAUGGCAGCACCCAGCUCUUCCACUUUCGAGUGCCCCCAGACACAGUGCUGCUUCGCUGGCUGCUACAUGCGUCCCAGAGCGGUCCCUCAUGCACCAACGUAGAAAUCACAGUGCAUUUCCGCUAUGGCGCCCCUCCUGUCAUCAACCCGUUGGGCUCUAGAUUCCCUGACAACACCUUGAAGCAGGUCUCCUUCCAUAUCAGGACAUUGCUGAGUACCAUGCUACUGGGCAACACCUCUGUCAGCAUCUCCCACCCAGCUGCUGGUGACUGGUUUGUGGUUGCUCACCUCCCUCCUUCAUCCCAGAAGAUCGAGGUGAAGGGCUCUGUUCCUACCUGUGCCUAUAUGUUCCAGCCUGAUAUGCUGGCCAUGAGGGUGGUUGAAGUCUCCAUCCUGGAGCCUGAUGUUCCCCUCCCACAGACGCUGCUCUCCCAUCCCAGCUACCUCAAGAUCUUUGUCCCUGAAUACACCCAGGAGCUUCGCUUGGAACUGCAGGACUGUGUGUCCAGUGUGAGCUCUGGCUGCCCAGUGCGUCUCACAGUGGGUGGAUCUACCCUGCCUAGAAACUUCCAAAAGGUGCUGAGUUGCACUGGCCUCACUCCAUCCUGCCUUUUGCUGCUGUCCUCACCACCCUGGGGCCAGUGGCUACAAAUGACAAUUGAGAACCUGGCAGGACCUCACAUGUCAGUGGUCUUCACUGCUAAAGCUGCCUUUACAGUGUGCAGGCCAUGGAGUGUGACCUUCCAUCAUCUUAUGAAAAACAACCCAAACCAGAGCUCUGACACCUCUGUGGGCCGGCUGUCCCAAGACCCUACCCACUGGGAACUGGGCAGGAGUGGCAGAGUAGGCAGUGUCCCCUUCUGUCUCCUGAACUAUCCCGUCAUGAGAGAAGACACAGACGUGUUGUCUGUCCACUUCCAACCACUUAACGGGGCCUUCGUGAUGGUGCAUUCAAAUGUGCCUUCUGUAAUGCAGCUCCGUCUUGACACAGGCAUGGACAGCGGGGGCUCUCUCAUCAUCAUCUUGAAGACUAACCAGACAGAGGUCACAAAUGACACCGUGGUAGCAGCUUGUGUGAAUGCUGCCUCGCCGUUCCUCAGCUUCAACACUUCAUUCAACUGCACCACAGCCUUUUUCCAGGGCCAUCCCAUGUUUCUGAGUGCCUCAUCUCACACGGCCAACCUCAUCAUUCCCUACCCGGAGACAGACAACUGGUACCUCUCCUUGCAGCUUGUGUGCCCUGAGAGUUCUGAGGAUUGUGAACAGGCCAGUGCUCGUGUGGAGACCACCUUGUAUCUGGUGCCCUGUUUCAAAGAUUGUGGGCCAUAUGGCCAGUGCCUCCUGCUACGUAGACACGGCUAUUUGUAUGCAGGCUGCAGCUGCAAAGCAGGUUGGCGUGGGUGGAGCUGCACAGACAACAGCACAGCCCAGACUGUGGGCCAGCAGAGGGCAGCAGCGCUUCUGCUUACACUCAGCAACCUCAUGUUCCUGGCCCCCAUUGCUGUGUCAGUGCACCGUUCCUUCCUGGUUGAGGCCUCUGUCUACUUUUAUACCAUGUUCUUCUCCACGUUCUACCAUGCCUGUGACCAGCCGGGGGAUGCAGUGCUGUGCAUCCUCAGCUAUGACACACUUCAGUACUGCGACUUUCUGGGCUCUGGGGCAGCCACCUGGGUGACCAUUCUUUGCAUGGCCCGUCUGAAGACAAUCCUGAAACAGGUCCUGUUUGUACUAGGUAUACUGGUCAUGGCCAUGUCCUUGCAGAUGGAUCGCAGGGGCAUCUGGAACUUGAUGGGACCCUGCCUCUUUGCCUUUGUGAUCAUGGCCUCCAUGUGGAUGUACCGCUGUGGGCACCGGCGACAGUGCUAUCCUACCUCGUGGCAGCGCUGGGUCUUCUACAUCCUGCCUGGCAUCUCCAUGGCCUCUGUAGGCAUUGCCAUCUACACUUCCAUGAUGACCAGUGAAAAUUACUACUACACCCAUAGCAUUUGGCAUAUCCUAUUGGCUGGUUGUGCAGCUUUCCUUCUGCCACCACGAGAGGAGCAGGCUGAGUCCUGGGCUUGCUUGCAGACGUUCCCCUGUCACUACCAGAUCUGCAGGAAUGAUCGGGAUGAGUUGUACACAGUGACAUGAUAUGGCUGGCUCAAGGACACCUGAUACUCUGAUGACCUCUUCAGCUAGGAUGGGAACAAGAGAGGUGCCUAUCUAUCCCCAACCAGGUUUCCAUCUGAAUAAAAUUGUCCUGCGCUCCUUGGCUUCUUUCUCCAGAGGAGAGGACUCCUCCACCCCAAAAUCUUUGUGGCUCCUGCCAAUGUCCUCUGUAGGUCUCAGCUGCUUGUACCUGGAGACCACCGGUACCUGUGUGUGUGUGGGCAAAUCACUAUGUAUUAGUUGAAGAUGCAGCUAAGGGAGAGAUCCUAUUGUCUUAUUCCUUUGUGAAGCUGUGAUAUGAGACCUACAAGGCAAGGAAGCCUGAGUCCACAGAGGCCACUGUCUCUGACAGCAUGUACCACCCUGCCUUGGCAUGGGGAUGCCCUAUUGCUGCAGUUGCUGUGGUAUAGUCAAAGAGCUGAUAAGACCCUGGGGUGCCAUGCACUGUCCCUCAUUCUCUGUUGGAGCCAAAGAUCCUGGCAAGUAGGCUGCUCAGCUUUAUGAGGUGUGGCCCCAGAAGGUACACACUGCCCUACUGGUGUGCCCUCCUCAUCCUAAAAGCCCUAGGCCCUAGCCUUGUGAGCAUUCUUUUGUGUUAGCCCUAGGCCCUAGGAAGCUGACCCCCCUACUGGAUCAGCUGAGGCUUGAGUGGGUUCUAGAGCCCUGGCCCAAUCCUUCUGGUGCCUCCUGGGAGCUCUGAGUUGAUUGGUGCAGUGGUGCUCUGUCCCGCUGUGAGGCCCAACUGCUGUGUGGCAGUGGAGCUUUUUUUCCUGGUUUUGUAUGGGAUGUGGGCCGCUCCCCUUGCUACUGACAUCCUUUGUUUGGCCACCAAAGCACACUUCAUCCCUUGAAAGGGGAAACAUGUAUAUAUUGUUGGGGUGGUGGUAAAAUAUUAAACUGUUCUAUGAAGGUGUAUUUUUAUGUAAUUGAUGAAUUUAAUAUUCUACAAUGAUUUUUCAAACCAAA